GGUCCAGUUACCUCUGUUUUAGUGCGCCAGACGCAAUCUAGCUAGCCAGUCGGAGUUGUGUUUUCUUGUCUGCUGUAUUUUACAUGCUUGGUAGUAAUAUUAGCCAAACCAUUUAUUUCCUUUAUGUUAGAGGACAUAGGAAGUGUGUGUGUUCGGUGUAAAGCAGAAGAAACCGGUCCAACUCAUUAUGGAAGACUGCUUGCACACCUCUUCAGAGAACCUGUCUAAGUUGGUCCGCUGGGCCCACAGUCACGGCACCAUCUGUGCUCUCAUUCCGAACCUCAAACACCUGCUCACCGAGGGUUCCCAUGGGAACCUGACCGCCAUGUGGGGGUGCAGCGCGGGCCACGCCUACCACUGGCCCCUCCCAGCCACCUGCAAGACGGGCCAGAAGGUUAUUCUGAAGGAGAGGGGCGGCUGCUACCAGGACAGCCGCAGCAUCAACUCAGACAGCCUCAGUCUCCAGGGAGGGGCCUCUGCCUGCCAGAGCAGCCCGGGAGGAGAGAGGUUUCUGGGCCGCUCCAGCGAGGCCAAGGGGGGUGACAGCAGCCAGACCCGGGACUCCUGCGACUUCUCUAACUGCAGCGACGACAACACCGAGGCUGAUGACAACAUGGAGGAAGAUAACCGCAACCUGUUUGAUAUUGUCUGCGAGUCCUCAGCCACGACGGACGAGGAUGGAGACGCGGACUACGAGCCUCAUCACAGACCCAGGAAAAGGGGUCCUCUAGGGGACAUACCCGGCCCCCAGGGACCAGGGUCUGAGGACAGGGGACACGGGGACAAAUCAGUGAAGAAAAUCAAGCAGGAGACUGCUGAGGAAUAUUACACAGUGCCUAAAGCCCAGCUAGCAGCAGGGGGGUGUUCUGACUCUGGCAUGGCCUCUGACUCAGUCUCCCAGUCCCCAAAGCCUAAUAACUCUCUGUCGCAGUUGUCCCUGUCCCACACCUCACCACACAAGCCCUUCCCGAAGGCUGCAGACUUUUUGGGUGGUGGUGGUGGUGGUGGUGUGUCAUCUCCGCUGGGGCACUCCUCUCCUCACAUACGCCUGCUAGACAAACCGCUACGAGGCUUUGUCUCCAAGCCCUCCAUGAUGAGCGUUGGUUCCCCCAGACAUCAGGACUCGUCCUCGGUGUCAACCCAGUGCCUGAGAACCCUCCCUGGGGCAGGUAGUGAGCUGUCGGAGGACCUGCUGAAGCCUGGAGGAUCCGAGGGGCCCUUUGGGGACCUAACUCCUUCCUCCCCCAGUCGGAUGAACUCUGACCUCCUGGGAGCAGAGACCAAAGGAGAGGUUACAGUGGGUCCUCCUCUCUAUGAGAUCGAGCGUCUGCGGGCGUUGCUGAGUGUGGAGCGGAGCCGCAGUGAGCAGAUGGGAGAGACCAUCUCCGGUCUGAAACAGGACAAAGAGCUGCUGCAGCAGGAACUCACUAAGAAGGCGGAACUCAUCUGUGACUUCCUGCAAGACCAGCUACGCCCAGAGAAAAGGUGUGGUCAUUCAUCCAGCCAGAUGGAGGUGGGGCUGGGCAGCUCCACCCACAUGGGGGUGGGGUUCUCUGACGAGGGCGUGGUAUUUGAGAACUCGGCCCUGUUCGAAAGCUUUGAGGAAGUGGAGCUCCACCCCCUUGACCGACACAGGGUGAUGAAGAGCUCCAAGAGGAGCAGAGAUGGAGAGAACACACGAGUCAGGAUGAAGAACGUGGUGGGCGUCAUCGCCAGGUACAUGGCGGCCCUGCAGGAGUUCAGACGCAGCGUCUCCAUGAAGGUGGCGUUCGACCGCGUGGGCGUCGACCGGAAUACCAUCUCACGGACGGCGGCCAUCGCCGAGCUGAGCCUGGCUGCUCCGGAGGUGUUCCAUGCCCUGCCGCCGUGGGACGAGAAGGAGGAGACGCUGGCUCACUACGCCCACCGCUGCCGGCUGGCCAUGGACGACACCAUCAGAGCCAAGAUCAAAACCAUGAAAACCAAGGGAGACCUGCUGCCUAUAGUCAGCAAAUAACCCCCGGACUGAGGGGCGCGUCCUAUGGGACGGGGACUGAGGGGCGCGUCCUAUGGGACGGGGACUGAGGGGCGCGUCCUAUGGGACGGGGACUGAGGGGCGCGUCCUAUGGGACGGGGACUGAGGGGCGCGUCCUAUGGGACGGGGACUGAGGGGCGCGUCCUAUGGGACGGGGACUGAGGGGCGCGUCCUAUGGGACGGGGACUGAGGGGCGCGUCCUAUGGGACGGGGACUGAGGGGCGCGUCCUAUGGGACGGGGACUGAGGGGCGCGUCCUAUGGGACGGGGACUGAGGGGGCGCGGGGACAUUGGCUGUGCGCGAUAGAUCACCUGCUGGGUGUUAAUGAACGGCGGCGAUUCAACAUGUAGAAUCAUCUGGAAAUGAACAGAAAACGGCAGCCAAUGUCCUGUAGUCAGAGGAGACGGGACCCGACGGACGUUCCUGUAGCCAGAGGAGACGGGACCGACAGACGUUCCUGUAGCCAGAGGAGACGGGACCCGACGGACGUUCCUGUAGCCAGAGGAGACGGGACCGACAGACGUUCCUGUAGCCAGAGGAGACGGGACCCGACGGACGGACGUUCCUGUAGUCAGAGGAGACGGGACCCGACGGACGUUCCUGUAGCCAGAGGAGACGGGACCGACAGACGUUCCUGUAGCCAGAGGAGACGGGACCCGACGGACGGACGUUCCUGUAGUCAGAGGAGACGGGACCCGACGGACGUUCCUGUAGCCAGAGGAGACGGGACCGACAGACGUUCCUGUAGUCAGAGGAGACGGGACCCGACGGACGUUCCUGUAGUCAGAGGAGACGGGACCCGACGGACGUUCCUGUAGUCAGAGGAGACGGGACCCGACGGACGUUCCUGUAGUCAGAGGAGACGGGACCCGACGGACGUUCCUGUAGUCAGAGGAGACGGGACCCGACGGACGUUCCUGUAGUCAGAGGAGACGGGACCCGACGGACGUUCCUGUAGUCAGAGGAGACGGGACCCGACGGACGUUCCUGUAGUCAGAGGAGACGGGACCCGACGGACGUUCCUGUAGUCAGAGGAGACGGGACCCGACGGACGUUCCUGUAGUCAGAGGAGACGGGACCCGACGGACGUUCCUGUAGUCAGAGGAGACGGGACCCGACGGACGUUCCUGUAGUCAGAGGAGACGGGACCCGACGGACGUUCCUGUAGUCAGAGGAGACGGGACCCGACGGACGUUCCUGUAGUCAGAGGAGACGGGACCCGACGGACGUUCCUGUAGUCAGAGGAGACGGGACGGACGUUCCUGUAGUCAGGGGAGACGGGACUCGACGGACGUUCCUGUAGUCAGGGGAGACGGGACCGACGGACGUUCCUGUAGUCAGGGGAGACGGGACUCGACGGACGUUCCUGUAGUCAGGGGAGACGGGACCGACGGACGUUCCUGUAGUCAGAGGAGAUGGGACGGACGUUCCUGUAGUCAGGGGAGACGGGACCCGACGGACGUUCCUGUAGUCAGGGGAGACGGACGUUCCUGUAGUCAGAGGAGACGGGACCCGACGGACGUUCCUGUAGUCAGAGGAGACGGGACCCGACGGACGUUCCUGUAGUCAGAGGAGACGGGACCCGACGGACGUUCCUGUAGUCAGAGGAGACGGGACCCGACGGACGUUCCUGUAGUCAGAGGAGACGGGACGGACGUUCCUGUAGUCAGGGGAGACGGGACUCGACGGACGUUCCUGUAGUCAGGGGAGACGGGACCGACGGACGUUCCUGUAGUCAGGGGAGACGGGACGGACGUUCCUGUAGUCAGGGGAGACGGGACUCGACGGACGUUCCUGUAGUCAGGGGAGACGGGACCGACGGACGUUCCUGUAGUCAGAGGAGAUGGGACGGACGUUCCUGUAGUCAGGGGAGACGGGACUCGACGGACGUUCCUGUAGUCAGAGGAGACGGGACCCGACGGACGUUCCUGUAGUCAGAGGAGACGGGACCCGACGGACGUUCCUGUAGUCAGAGGAGACGGGACCCGACGGACGAUCCUGUAGUCAGAGGAGACGGGACCCGACGGACGUUCCUGUAGUCAGAGGAGACGGGACCCGACGGACGUUCCUGUAGUCAGGGGAGACGGGACCCGACGGACGUUCCUGUAGUCAGGGGAGACGGGACUCGACGGACGUUCCUGUAGUCAGGGGAGACGGGACCGACGGACGUUCCUGUAGUCAGAGGAGAUGGGACGGACGUUCCUGUAGUCAGGGGAGACGGGACUCGACGGACGUUCCUGUAGUCAGGGGAGACGGGACCCGACGGACGUUCCUGUAGUCAGGGGAGACGGGACCCGACGGACGUUCCUGUAGUCAGAGGAGACGGGACCCGACGGACGUUCCUGUAGUCAGAGGAGACGGGACCCGACGGACGUUCCUGUAGUCAGAGGAGACGGGACCCGACGGACGUUCCUGUAGUCAGAGGAGACGGGACCCGACGGACGUUCCUGUAGUCAGGGGAGACGGGACCCGACGGACGUUGCUGUAGUCAGGGGAGACGGGACUCGACGGACGUUCCUGUAGUCAGGGGAGACGGGACCGACGGACGUUCCUGUAGUCAGAGGAGAUGGGACGGACGUUCCUGUAGUCAGGGGAGACGGGACUCGACGGACGUUCCUGUAGUCAGGGGAGACGGGACCCGACGGACGUUCCUGUAGUCAGGGGAGACGGGACCCGACGGACGUUCCUGUAGUCAGAGGAGACGGCACCCGACGGACGUUCCUGUAGUCAGAGGAGACGGGACCCGACGGACGUUCCUGUAGUCAGAGGAGAUGGGACGGACGUUCCUGUAGUCAGGGGAGACGGGACUCGACGUACGUUCCUGUAGUCAGGGGAGACGGGACCGACGGACGUUCCUGUAGGUGCAUCUUGUCCUCAUGAUAGUCUGGCCCCAGAUCUGUCAGUUUGUAACGUCUCGCCAAGUUGGCACAACCCAGUCUGGGACCAGGCUAGUCCUAUGAUGCCCUGUGGUUGUCAUGGGGAUGUGAUUGGGCACCGAUGCCUUUUCAAAACAAGGGAUCUGUCCUUUAUGCUCCAUUCCACGUCUGUCCACCACAACCACCAAUGAUAACACACACACAACACACUAUGUAGGCUGCACACUUGACUGUCAUUAAAAAACAUUGUUGUACACACAAA